CAUGUACGCCUUCUCCCCUGGCCUGUGGGCGGACGCCGGUCACGACAUGUGGGCGUGGUCACUGGUUCUUGUACAGCCCUUGACUGGCACGGUCACCAAGCAGUGCGACAUUGCUCCCAGAGGCAUAUUCCAGCGCUACUACGGCGGCUCGGUGUUCCAGGGCUCCAGUAAUCCGGACGGGUUUCUCUACCACGUGCUGCGCGUCAUGUACAGUGAGGCGAACUUUAUAGUGGGCGUUAACUCCGACACUUGCGAAGUGCGCUUCUCCGAGGUGGCCAACCUGCGACACGUACACUCGUUGCAGCUGGUGAAUCCAGCCCCAGCCCCGUCAAGACGAACUUGUAACAACUGAGAGAAUUGACAGUUUUAUCUACAUGCGUUUUAAAUUACCGCCUAUCAUAUGUCGAUGAUUAUUAUAUAGGGUGGUUGGCCUUUCUUGUCGCAAAAUUAUGCUGUACCGAAACCUUCAAUCUAACAGUAAAUAUAUCUUUGAAAAAAAUCGAGCUAUCUUCAAAAAUAGUUAGUUUCUUUUUUAAAAUAAUAAUCCCAGUCCAUUCGUCGCCUCUAAAAACUGGUCGGAACAUUAAUCGCCUUACGAAUGUUUACCCACUUCCUUUUGUUAGUCGUGAUUAAGUUUUAUACCACAACCCUGAACAAUCCUUAUUGUUCAAUGAUGUUAGUAACCACAACAUUGUCAUCUUGCCAUUAAGAUGGAUUACAGAGUCGUAAAAUGUUUGUACAUGUAUGUUC